UGCGGUGAGUGAGUGUGAGUUGUGUUUUGUUAUUAAUGGUGAAGAGCUGCUGUUUGGUGUGAUGCUGAUCUUCUGCGGGGGGAUGGAGCUACACUGAGGGAUGGAGGGAUAGAGUGAUGGAGAGAUGGAGUGAUGGUGAGAGAUGAAACUUUGCCAUCUUUUCUCUUGUUUCUAGUGUUCUUUUGAAAAUACAACACUAUGCACGGAUAUAAACGCCGCAUAGAGGAACUUUACUGAAAUCCACUCCUAUUUACUGUUGAGUAUUGCAUACAAAAAUGGAUAUUCAGCAAAUGUCGUCUGAUUCUGUUUACACUGACACAUCUCACAAACUAACGCAGGAAAACAUAGAUAAAGAGAGAUCUCACCACUGCUCUGAGUGUGGGGUAAGUUUCAUUACAAAAAGCCAUCUCCAAGUUCACCAGCGCGUUCACACUGGAGAGAAACAGUUUCAGUGCUCAGAGUGUGGAAAGAGUUUUAACCGUCAAAGUAACCUUCAAGCGCACCAGCGCAUUCACACUGGGGAGAAACCGUUUCAAUGUCCAGACUGUGGAAAGACUUUUAAUCGUCAAAGUAAUCUCCAACUUCACCUGCGUGUUCACACUGGAGAGAAACCGUAUCAGUGUCCGGAUUGUGGAAAGAGUUUUACUUACCAGAGUAAUUUUCAACAACACCAGCGCGUUCACACCGGAGAGAAACCGCAUCAGUGCUCAGAGUGUGGGAAGAGUUUUCGUUCUCUAGGUAAUCUCAAAGGACAUCAGCUCGUCCACAGAGGAGAGACGCCGUAUCAGUGUUCAGUCUGUGGAAAGAGUUUCAAUCGUCAAAGUAAUCUUCAGCAACACCAGCGCAUUCACACUGGAGAUAAACCACAUCAGUGCUUAGAGUGUGGAAAGAGUUUUACUCACAAGUGUAAACUCCAAGAACACCAGCGCAUUCACACCGGAGAGAAUCUGUAUCAGUGCUCGGACUGUGGAAAGACCUGUUUUAAAAAAAGUCAUCUUGAAGACCACCAGCGCAUUCACACUGGAGAGAAACCGUAUCAGUGCUCAGUGUGUGGAAAGAGUUUUGCUCUACAGACUACUCUUCAAAUUCACCAGCGCGUUCACACAGGAGAGAAACCGUAUCACUGUUCAGAGUGCGGAAAAGGUUUCCGUUAUGCAGGACAUUUAAAAGUGCACCAGCGUGUUCACACUGGAGAGAAACCGUAUCAUUGUCCAGAGUGUGGAAAGAGUUUUAAUUAUGUAGGUAAUCUUAAAGAACACCAGCGCAUUCACUCUGGAGAGAAACCCUUUCCGUGCACAGUCUGUGGAAAAAGUUUUCGUUAUCUGGGUCAUUUAAAGGAACACCGGCGCGUUCACACCGGAGAGAAACCUUUUCAGUGUCCAGAGUGUGAAAAGAGUUUUAUCGCGAAGCACAGUCUCCAAAUUCACCAGCGCAUUCACACUGGAGAGAAACCUUAUCAGUGCUCGGAGUGUGGGAAAUUCUUCCGUUGUCUGGAUCAUCUUAAAGGACACCAGCGCGUUCACACAGGAGAGAAACCGUAUUACUGUUCAGAAUGUGGAAAGAGCUUCAGUGAUCUUCGUGUCCUCACAGCACAUCAGCACGUCCACACAGGAGAUAAACCGUAUCAGUGCUCAACGUGUGGAAAGAGCUUCACUCUGAAGCGUAGUCUUCAAAUUCACCAGCGUGUUCACACCAGCGAAAACACGUCAGUGCCCUGAGUGUGGCAGAAAAUAGAUCCAAGCCCACCAACAUAAAGAGAGAGCAUACGGCUAAAGCUUUGGGUAAACUAUGUGACUUUUAGGGUGCUCUUACACCUAACCUUGAUUAUUCCAGACUUUGCAAGUUUCAGGUGAAAAACGUGCCAUAAAAAACAGGAUCCGGACCAAAGGACCAGAGAUGGGUACAACCAGAAUCUGUGAUCUCGGGUCUGGAUCCACUGUACCAUGAUUUCGUUCUUCAUCUGCAGUGUAAAAGACUGAGGCAGUCUUCAUAACAUCCUACAAACCAAUUAAUAUGAAGUAUAGAGAGAGACUCCGCCCACAAAGCUGAUGACAGUGUGAUGCAGUAAAGAUCUUUAGUCUGCUCACUUAAUCCCUAUCUGGAUGGAAUUAGAUUAUCUGUAUCAAAUAUUUCACACUUCUACUCAGUGAUAAAACUCCUGCAUCCGGACUUUCUCGGUCACAUGAUAUCGCUGCGUUCAGUAGCUUCUCCAUUUCCACUCGCUGUUGUGUUUUUAACGUGGAUCACUGUAAUUACGGUGCGCAGCAGUGGACAAAUACUAUUUUAUUAAAGGCGUGGAGAGAUGUGCGUCCGGACGGGACUAAAAUUACCGGAGGAGCACAGAGUUCAGAGAAAAACAGUAGAUAAUUCAGCCUGUAAUUUUCUCAGAGGACGUCUGAGAAAAACACCUACAUGAUCGUUCUGGACAGGAAUAAAAUCGCAGGAUAAAAAAACCCAUAAAAGAGAAAAUUACCCAGAACCCCCUGAGAAACGUAAGAGUGGUUUUUACACCAGCGUGAUUUGUUUUGUUUAAAACAGAUUCUAGUUCAUUUGCACUCUUGGUGUGGUUCGUUUCAGCAGCUGUGAAAACAGUAAUGGACUAAAACAACCAGACUGAGACUCGUGAGAAGAUGUGGAGCUUGAGGUCAGUAAUGAACAGAUGGAUGGAUCUGAUUCUCCUUCAGGAUUUUCUGAUAAACAGCAGAAUUCCUGCUUCCAUCUAUUACAGCAACUUAUCCAGCAUCUUAUUUUAUCAGACAGGUUCUAUUUAAGUGGUGUAUUAAUCACAGUUAAUUUAUGGGGGGUAAACACUGUAAGCUUGGUAGCGGUUUGCUAUCUCUUCACACACUGGCUGUAGUAUUUUGAGGUGAAAGAUACGAGCUGUACAGGGCCAGGAUAGGAACAUUUUAGAAGUUUAGAAUUAGUUUACUACAAACUGUAAUUUUGUAGUAUUAUUAUGACUAUUAUUUAAUUAAAUACGGUCAAAAUGCUGCAUGUGAUGCUCUGAGGAAUUGUACAAUUCCAUGAAGCACAUGCAUGCAUUGAUGUGCAACAGGAUUUGUGUUUUAUUGUGAUUAUUGUUUUAAACUGUAAAACCUAUUAAACUUAGCUAGUUUAAACUUA